AUGUUGCCACAGAGGGUGGCCGUGCAGCUGGUACUCGAGAGAUCAGUGACGGCGUUGUCCUUCGACAUGGAGCCAAUGUCCUACACUUGGGGGUUUUACAACCACGAUUUCUUGAGCACCUACUGUGCCACCAUGGUCCAGCACUGUGAAGCCCUCGGCCGUUCUGUCCAGGUGGUGAACUUAGAUCCCGCGGCAGAGCAUUUCAACUAUGAUGCGAUGGCUGACAUCCGGGAACUGAUCGAGGUGGAUGAUGUGCUGGAGGACGGCUCCCUGCGCUUCGGUCCCAAUGGAGGACUGGUGUUUUGCAUGGAGAACUUUGCCAAUAACUUUGAGUGGCUGGAGAACUGCCUUGGCCAUGUCGAGGAUGACUGCAUCCUUUUUGACUGUCCAGGUCAGAUUGAGUUGCACACACACCUGCCCGUGAUGAAACAGCUGGAUCAGCAGCUGGAACAGUGGGAGUUCCGAGUCUGUGGAGUGUUUCCUGUUGAUUCUCAAUUCAUGGUGGAUGGCAGUCAUUUUGUUUCUGGCAUCUUGGCAGCCUUGAGCGCUAUGGUAUCUCUAGAAGUCCCGCAAGUUAACAUCAUGACAAAAAUGGACCUGCUGAGUAAAAGAGCUAAAGAGUAA